UACGCUUCGCGACGCCGACGAGACAGUUGUGUUCUUGGAUAAUCGUGUAGUUUAGCGUUUAGUGUUCGCCGGAUGUAGCUUUUGUACGAUUUUAAUACCGCCGACAUUUAUCUCGGGAAAGUACGGAAACGUAACCGAAUCGAAUUUACCGAUACGUCCAUUUCGACCAACCGCACAAACCCCGUCGUACAUUUUCGUCCUGGCUCGCGUAAGCCGGUACCACGCCGUGUCGUUCACCCCCGGUCAACGGAAAAUUGUUUUUCUUCCGUACGCUCUGUGAUUUAUCGAAUCAACGAAUAAUUGCGUCCUCGCCGAGUCAUCCGGUUCACUUUUCGAGUACGUACACGGUGCGUGUCGCGGUUUCUUCGUGGUAAUCGUGCCUUUUAUACCGGACGACUCGAUGUUAACGAGAAAAGUACUUGGUCGAUCGUAAUCGCGAAUUACACGACGAGGAACGUUGGGCGUUCGCGAUUGCCAGGAUACAAAGGAGAUCCAGAGAAAUUCCGAACAGGAUAUAAAGGAGUAGACCAGUGAAAAAUGGGAUGCAAUACGAGCAAGGAGAGUGUACAGCCGGUGGGGGAUGAAGCCAAGGAGGAUGUUAAGAACGGUGAUAUUCCAAAAGCAUCCGAAGGCAGUGCAGCAAAAGUAGAAUCGCAGGAAGCGACGCAGGAGAAGUCGGAAGAAUCGAAGGACUCUAAACAGGAGCAAAAGAACGAAGACAAAGUAGCAGAGAAAACAAGGGAGGAAGCCGCGACCAGGAUACAAGCGGCAUUCCGCGGCCAUCACGCUAGGAAGAGUAUGAAAGAGACUGAAUCAUCGACAAAGCAGACAGGGACCAAAUCAAACUCAGAACCAACGAAAGAACAACUUCAACAGGAGUUCCGUUCCGACGACAAGGAGCUUUGCGAAGCAGCGACGAAAAUCCAGGCAUCUUUCCGAGGCCACAUGUCGAGAAAGGAACAGGCUGCAGCUAUCGUCAAGUCGGCGGAAAACGCCGUUGGUGAUAUCGCAUCCAAAAUGGACGAAAAGGCAAAGGAAGCCAUGAACGAGCUGGAGGGCAUCGACCUGACGGAUCCGGAUCUGCACAAAGCAGCGACGAAAAUCCAGGCGAGCUUCCGGGGUCACAAGGUUCGCCAGGAAGUGUUAUCGACUCCCGGCCAGAACGAGGAGCCGAAGAAAUAAAUAGAAUCAGACAUAAGAGCUGAUCUUACGAAAUCGAAUUGUCGAUAUGUCUGAAACAAACAAACCAAAAAAAAAGCAACCAAGAAUCAACAACAGAACAAAUCCGGGCUUCGUGUUUACUUUUUCGUUUGUCCUCGACGCGAUAUGAAUACGAAACCCUUUCAUUUGAUCCCCCGACAACUUUCAUCGCGUUCAAUUUGUUAUCCUUCGAAUUGUUUGAGGUUAGAAUUCGUCGUUUUCGUUCUUCCGAAAAUUGAAGGUUCACCCAUUCGGAUCGAUACACGCGGAUAAUCGACGGAUAUUGAUGUAUUGAUUAUUCGCAAAUUGACAUUACGCCGAUACGUGAAACGUGGGUCAAACGAAUCGGAAGAUCGAACGGGUCAACGAGAAGAAACACUUUGCUCGUUAUGGUGCACUCGACGGAUCAGGGUCUCGUUAAACCCUUUGAGGACGAUGAACUAGUUACUGCACCUAAGAAAUGUACUAAGAAAUUCGUCGUAUACCGUGUAAUCCUCCGUUAUUCGGCAGCUGCAAAAGCAUGUAACGAUGGUACAUAAAAUUCCGUAAUUUAUUUCACCCGCCAAUAACAGAGGAUUUAACCCUUAGAGUACAGAUAGUUUGCAUGUGCAAAUUUUGUUUGUAUAAGAGUUAAUAAAUUUCAAAGUAAAAAGCGUAUCAUUGCGUUGUAGCAAGUUCAAAAUUGUAUGCUGGUACCCUGAGGGUUAAAAUUGCUAAUGUAGAUGCUUUAAUCGUUCCUUUCGCAAAGGGUUGAAUCGAGAGUAUUUCGAAAAGAAAUUGUAUCCAUCGAAUAUUGUUAAAUUGGAUAAAAAAAUUCCGAUAUCAGGGUAUAUCGAUCGUAUUUCGUAAAUACAAUUCGCGUCGAUAUUUGACGAUUAGGUGUCAAGAAUUCGUGGAGUCGUUGAAGAGUUUUCGAUUUGCCACGAACGAGCGAAUAUUUUCGGCUAAAUGAAUCGAUACGAGAUGUAAACCUUCGAUAAUCGUUCGAAAGUCGAACACCCCUUUCUGAAUUCUUGCGUCUGUCGUUUAACGUCCACCAUUUUGGGACGUCACCGGUGACCUACAUGGCGACUUGUUAAUUAUUAAAUUUACUUCUAAUUUUGUAUUUUGCGCUGGUGUUUGAAAUUCGACGGUAUAUUAAGUUUGAAACGUCACCUGGGACCGCUGUGAGGAGUACACGUUUCUCAAAUUUAAGCCUUUUAUGUUAACAAUGUUCGAAAUUGUAAGGAAUAUUAAAUGUAAGACAUUGUCGACUCCCACGAGGGCUGAACGUUGUACUUCUAAAAUUUAAGCGUUCGGUAUUUUAUGUUAAUUUUAUAUUUAAUUUGGGACCCAAAUAAACGUAGUCCUCAAAUUUAAGCGUUAAA